AUGGCAGAACUGGUCCUCAGCCAGAAGCGGUGCAUCAGCGGCCGAGGCGCAUUCUGUCGCCCUGCCUGCCCAGGCGCAGGUGGUCAUCUGUGGCGGGGGGAUCAUGGGCACAUCUGUGGCCCAGCUGGGGUGGAAGGACAUUGUUCUUUUGGAGCAGGGCAGGCUGGCUGCUGGCUCUAUGAGGUUCUGUGCGGGCAUCAUAAGCACUGCCAGGCACUUGAGCAUCGAGCAGAAGAUGGCAGACUAUUCAGACUGUACCAGCAGUUAGAGCAAGAAACGGGGAUCCAAACAGGGGUUCAGAUCUACGACCGGACAAGUGUUGUUCACGUGAUGACCAAAAAAGGUGAAGUGACUGGUGUGGAGACAGAUAAAGGACAGAUCGAAUGCCAGUAUUUUGUCAACUGUGCUGGUCAGGUAAGUUAG